AUGGGAAAAUAUUAUGUUGUCGAUUCCGGAUAUGCAAGUCAAACUGGAUAUCUCAUACCAUUUAGAGGUGAGAGGUACGAUCUACCAGACUACAGAGAGAACAGGAGAAAACCAACAACAGCAAAUGAAUUAUUCAAUUAUAGACAUUCAUCUCUUAGGAAUGUCAUUGAACGUACAUUUGGAGUAUUGAAGAAUAAAUUCAAGUUGUUAAGACAAAUGAAUGGUUACUCCUUGCAAGACCAAGCUCACAUUGUGCUAGCAUGUUGUGGACUUCAUAACUUCAUCAGAGAUGAGCAUAUUGCAGAUGAAGAUUUAAUGAGAUUAAGUGAUGACCUAGCAGAGGUAGAUCCUGAUGAACUUAACCCCGUUCAUAAAGACUAUGUCCCUUCAGUAUCACAGAUAAGUUAG